GAGAGGCCCAUGGGCAGCAGCCAAGGGGACAGGCCGCAGCGCCAGCGGAGCCGGCCGGACCAGGACGCAGGUGGGCUCAGGCAGGGCUGGGAGGGGGCGGGAGCGCCUCCCGCCCGGCCAGAGCCUCCGACCGCCCACCUGUGCACAGACCCCCUGGCGGAGGCUGUCGCUGGCCGGUCCCAGGCCAUCCCCCUGGAGAGGCACCCGCUUGGGGCAGAACAGCACCCGCCCAGCACGGGCUGUGGCCCUUUCUUCUACAUCGGGGGCACCAACGGGGCCUCAAUAAUCAGCUCCUACUGCAAGAGCAAGGGCUGGCAGCGCAUCCAGGACGGCCGGCGGGAGGACUACAGGCUCAAGUGGUGUGAGGUCAAGUGCCGGGACAGCUACAGCAGCUUCCGGGAAGGUGAGCAGCUGCUGUACCAGCUCCCCAACAACAGACUGCUCACCACCAAGAUCGGGCUUCUCAGCACCCUCCGCGAGUACUCGAGGAUCGUCAGCAAGACAUCGCCCUGUGCACAGGCCAAAUCUGGAAAGGACCCAGCAUGCGCCUGCCAGGAGCUACCCUAGACGAGCCCAGAUUGCCUUGGGCCACAGAGGGUCCUGAAAAUGGAAGAGUUUUUCCCGGAGACCUACCGUCUGGACAUCAGACACGAGAGGGAGGCGUUCUUCGCGCUCUUUGACGAGACCCAGACCUGGAUCUGCAAGCCCACCGCUUCCAACCAGGGCAAAGGCAUCUUUCUGCUCAGGAACCAGGAGGAAGUCGCCGCCCUCCAGGCCAAGACCCAGAGCAUCGAGGAAGACCCCUUCCACCGCAAGAUGUCGUUCCGGGCGCCUCAGGCUCGGGUUGUGCAGAGGUACAUCCAGAACCCGCUGCUGCUGGACGGGAAGAAGUUCGACGUGCGCGCCUACCUGCUCAUCGCCUGCGCCGCGCCGUAUGUGGUCCUCUUUGGCCACGGCUAUGUGCGCCUCACGCUCAGCCUUUACGAUCCCCAUUCUCCAGACCUGAGCGGCCACUUGACCAACCAGUUCAUGCAGAAGAAGAGCCCCCUGUACGUGCUCCUGAAGGAGGACACGGUGUGGAGCAUGGAGCGCCUCAACCGCUACAUCAACGACAAGUUCCAGGAGACCAGAGGCCUCCCCCGAGACUGGGUCUUCACCACCUUCACGAAGCGGAUGCAGCAGAUCAUGGUCCACUGCUUCCUGGCCGCCAAGUCCAAGCUCGAGGGGAAGCUGGGCUACUUUGACCUCAUCGGCUGUGACUUUUUGAUCGAUGACAACUUCAAGGUGUGGCUGCUGGAGAUGAACGCCAACCCCGCCCUGCACACCAACUGCGAGGCCCUGAAGGAGGCGGUUCCCCGCGUGGUCGAGGAGACCCUGGACCUGGCGCUGGAGACCUUCCAGAAGAGCUUGUGCGGCCAGAGGAUGUUGCCGCUGCUCUCGCAGCGCCACUUCGUGCUCUUACUCAACGGCGAGACGGACGGGCGGCGCCCGGGGAGCUCCCGCAGCGUCCCCCGACAGCCGGCGCGGCCGGCCUGCGGGGCCGCAUCCCCCGCGCCGCCCACGCGCGCGGCAGACCCGCCGGGCGCGCGCAGGCCCGGGCGGCCCCGCUCCGCGCAGGGGCGCCCCCGGCCUCGCUCCUCCGGCCCCGACGGCGCCCCGGGAGGCGAGCGGCGGAGAGCGGACCGCAGGGACCCGGCGCGGGAGUUCUCUCUGGGACCCGCGGAGGAGGACCGCGAGGGGAGCAGGGGCGAGGACCAUCGCGGCUCCUAG